UCACGGUAUAGUGAGAGGAAAAAGGGAAAGAAAGAAAGUGAUUGCCUCAGGAAGCAGAGGAGAGCUUCCUCCCCCCAUUCAAGUUCAACAAUGGGGUUCAAAUUAUGGCUCCAAAUUCUUCUCCUCUUCCCCACUCUCUCCCUCUCCCACCAAUUCUUCGACUACGCCGACGCCCUCACCAAGAGCCUCCUCUACUUCGAGGCGCAGCGCUCCGGCCGCCUCCCUUACAACCAGAGAGUCACCUGGCGCCACCACUCUGGCCUCACCGACGGCCUCGAACAAGGGGUGGAUUUGGUGGGAGGUUACUACGACGCGGGCGACAAUGUAAAAUUCGGCCUCCCGAUGGCCUUCACCGUCACAAUGCUGUCGUGGGGCGUCAUCGAAUUCCGGGACGAGAUCGCCGCCGCGGGCGAGCUACGUCACGCGCUUGAAGCCAUCAAAUGGGGGACUGACUACUUCAUUAAAGCACACACCCAUCCCCAUGUUUUGUGGGCUCAGGUGGGCGACGGUGACACCGACCACCUGUGUUGGCAGAGGCCGGAGGACAUGACGACCUCCCGUCGCGCCUACAAGGUGGACGAGGAGAACCCCGGCUCUGAGGUGGCGGCCGAGACGGCCGCCGCCAUGGCCGCGGCUUCGAUUGUGUUUAGGAGAACAAACCCACACUACUCCCACCUUCUGCUGGACCAUGCACAACAGUUGUUUGAGUUCGCGGAUAAAUAUAGAGGUAAAUACGACGAGAGCAUCGGAGGAGCGAAAGGAUACUAUACGUCGGUGAGUGGAUAUAAGGAUGAGUUAUUGUGGGCAGCUAUGUGGCUAUACAAAGCCACCGACAAUCUCCACUUCUUCAAUUAUACCAUUCAUAAUGCCAUUUCUUUUGGUGGGAUCACUUGGCCCAUCACUGAAUUCAGCUGGGAUGUUAAAUAUGCUGCUCUCCAACUCAUCGCUUCUAUGUUGCCAAGAGAGGGAAAAACAGAAGAAGAGAAGCACAUCCUAGAAGAAUACAGCUCCAAAGCAGAGCACUACAUCUGCGCCAAUCUAAACCUAAACAACGGAUCCACUAACGUACAGCGCACCCCAGGGGGGCUCCUCUACACCCGCCAAUGGAACAACAUGCAGUACGUCUCCAACGCCGUCUUCCUACUAACCGUCUACACCGACCACCUCCGCUCCACCAAUCACAGCCUCUCCUGCCCCAAAAAUCCCUCGGUGGGCCCCGACGAGAUCCUCUCAUUUGUCCAAUCACAGGUGGCCUACAUCCUGGGCUCCAAUCCCAUGCGUCUCAGCUACCUUGUCGGGUACGGGCGGGACUACCCUAAGCGGGUGCACCACCGAUGCGCGUCGAUGGAGUCCUACAGGGACACCAAGACGUUCGUGGGGUGCACCCAGGGGUAUGACCACUGGUACGGGCGCCGGAGCCCGAACCCCAACGUGGUCGUCGGGGCAGUCGUUGGUGGGCCCGACAGCAAGGACGAGUUCGCGGAUCGGAGGGGGAAUUUUAUGCAAACUGAGGCUUGCACUUACAACACUGCCCCUUUGGUUGGAGUGUUUGCGAGAUUGAAUUCGAUGCUUAAUACUACAACAACAUUGGUUUCUUCGGUGUAAAUAGAAUGUUUGUAUAGGAAUUUUGGAGGGAUUUUUAUUGAUAUAGCCUAGCCAUUUAGGCUAAUUAUAUCUACAUACGAAAUAUAUUAUUCUCUCUGUUAAGUUACAUAUGGCAUAUAUCGAUAAUUGUUUUUUUCCUAUUUUUAAGAGAAAUAGCCGUGGAUUUGUUGUUAUCUGUAAA